AGCGCAGUGGCCCCUGCCGCAGGUGACGUUUCAGUCUCCAGUCAGUUAUCGUCCUCAACCUUCCCCAUUGAUUAUCAUUCUGGCCUGCCCUGAGUCCCAUUAUGGCCUCUCAGCUGGACAAGGUCUUGGAGGUCAGCGGCCUGACCCUGCGCAACAAGAACAAGUCGCGUCGUCGCCCUCAGAUCAGCGCGCCGAAACCCAUAUCCGCCCCAGGUCCACCCAAACCCCCAUCCUCAUCCUCCGAGGCCCCCAGGCCGCCUCUUCCCCAGCAGAGCGGUGCGACAUCUGACCUCGUUAAGCGACGCUACUCGGCGCGAUUCAAUCAGCUGCCCGAUGGGACCUUGGAUGCUCCCCCAGUGCCUAGUCUUCCAUCCGAUCUACAAGGGUAUGGAGGUUUGGGAGCUGUGCCGACAGCUUCAUCGGCUCCACAAGGAGGGCCUGGUCAACCGCUGGAGGUCAAUCUGAAGGCACUAAGAGAUCCAUCAUUGCCAGUUGAUAAGUAUGUCGCCGGGCUUCUUGCCAACGCAUCUGAGGAAGAUAUCCAGGACUACCAGCAACGUUUACGCAAGGUUAAGAACCGAACGUCGACCGACUUACAGCAAAAUGUAUAUCAGAAUCGAACACAGUUUAUUAAGAUCAGCGAAGAAGCCGAGAAACUCAAAGGCGAAAUGCGAACUUUGCGUACUCUGAUGUCUGAGCUUACGACAGCCUUAGGCCAGACUCACAGUAGUAGCGGAUCGAACCCCUUGUCACCGCCGGAUGAUCGUACCUCGAAGCGAAGUAACCGAAGCUCCGUUGCGAACUUGGAGAACAUGUGGACCAUGCAAUUGCAAACCCUAUGGAAAACGGUGGAAGGGUCUCAAAAGUUCCUUCCAGCUAUCCCCGGCCGGCAUAUUGUAUUAGAAAGUGGCCAUUGGGUUGAACUUGACUCUGCUACGUGGAAGCCUCGGCGACCAGUACAUAUUGUUUUGCUCAAUGAUCAUCUCCUUGUAGCUGCCAAGAAACGAAAACGGAUUGAUCCGAAUAGCCCAACCCACCAGCGUGGCCCAGCACCGACAAAGCUAGUGGCUGAAGUAUGCUGGCAGCUACAGGACAUCGACAUGAUAGAUCUCGGCGCUAAUCUGGGGUCUGGAGCAGCACGCGCCGAGGCUGAAGACAGAGGAGUGGCUCAUGCCAUCAACAUCCGAGUUGGCUCCAAAUCAUAUACCUACCGAUAUGAUCAGCGCACUAACUCGGCUAAGAAUGAGCUACUAUCAACCUUCAGGAAGACUGUGGAAGAGCUACGCAAGGCUCUACGUUCGGAAAUUGACUCUGCAAACAAACCUGGGGAUGCACUUCGCUCCCUGACCCAACUAGAAGGGCCCAGACAGUCCGGCAUGGUUGAUGGAGUCGACGAAAAAGACAAACCUGAAAUUCGUAUCGAUGUGGAUGGCAAACAACAUAACUUGCGAUGGGUUGAAGGUCAAGUUGAUGAGCUCGACAUCGACAUCGCACUACAUCACUUUGAGGAAGCUGUUUCUAGCGUCGAGAGACUACGGAAACUGGCGCGAGGGCUGAGGGGAAACAGCGUCGCCCAAGAUGUCAUUAACCAAAAAGUAGAUGAACGCGCCGCCAAGCUUGCCGGCAUUCUCUCUCGAAUACUGAUCGAUAAGCAUUCUUUCCCUGUGUCGACCAAGACAAACGUCGGCUUGCUGACCCGUCUUGGCUACGAAGAUCGCGCACGUAGCGCCUAUCUUGGUGCACGCUCCGAGGUGAUUCAGAAGCGAGCUCGACAAUGUAUCUUCGAGGGUGAUCUGCAAAUAUACAUUUUUCAAAUUUCAUUUGUUUAUUUUACUAUGAUCAAGAACACGAUCAGCAUAUACCAACAAUGCUUCCCGCCGAUCAUGUCUAGUGCCUGCAUCAAAUGGGCAAAGGAGCAUCUAGAUGAAUUCAAUGCAGCCCUUGUGCGGCAGCUCAGUAGUGUACAGCGUGACACUAGCGUGUGGCAGAAGUGUUUGAACAUUGUGGAUGAACAGGCUUCUAUGUUGAUCGAAGUCGGUGUGGAUUUUAAAGACUUGAUUCAAAGGGGCUUGGAGAAUGGAACUGAUCAGUAUGGAGAUGUUGGGGAACCGGGUGAUUCAGACGCUAGGGAAUGAUUAUUUUUCGGGUUUUUAUAUACAUAGCAUAGGGCAUUUCAAUGCGCAACGUUGAUUGCCGGCUGAAUUUAUCCAGUAAAUAAUGAAUAAUUUAAAUAAAGAAAUAAUAAAUAGUUUCAAUAUAU